UUGGGCGAUCAUCUCGCUGCGCUCUUCUCUCGCAGCUUCCGCGAUGACCAACGAAGAAGAGCAUGCAUAGUGAGCGGAGAAGUAUCUACGUCUAUACAGACAGAACCAAAAGCGCAAAAAAUCCGUUAGUACGAAAAGAUUGGUCGAACCAGCAAGAUGAUGAUAACAAGUACGCUCCGCGGAGGAGCGAUCACCGCGACACUGUUGGCAUUAAGUUUCUGUCUGAUCAGUGCAGAGGAAUUUUUUGGAUACAACGAAGAACCAGAAAACAUCCCCGGUCGGCAGAACGCAAAGAAUCGAACUGCAGUGUUCAUUCCGGGUAAAUGUGGUAUGAACGAAAUCCUCUAUCCGGGCGAUCAGGAUAACGAUUGGGUGUGUGAUUGCCGUCCCGCUCACGUCUAUCACCCCGGUUCCAACGGAUGCUUUCCCUUGUAUACCCGAGCCUAUUGCGCCGAGGAUGAGUUCGUGGAGAUCAAGGUGGGCGCCAAGCUGCCCACUUGCACGAAGAACCCAUGCCAGAAGGGGCUGGUCCCCUUCAACGGAACGUGCGUCAAGCUCCACAGCAACAACGACGGGGUCUGUCCGCUGAUCAAGCAUAUCAAGUUUGUGAUCGCGGUGAACGAAACGACCCUUCAACUAGAAUGUGUCUCGAAUGCACCGGUGAAUUUGCACUGGAAAGUGGGCAAUCGCUACAGCCAGGAUCCGAACGUGAAACUCAAGGAAGACGGAAGUGUGGAGUUCCUGCGGGCGACCAAAUGUGCUCCCGGUUCGGCGGCUGAAUACAAGGGGGCCUGCGCGGAGAGUAUAACCAGUGGAGUACAACCGGUCGCAAUGGAACCUAUUCCGACUGGAAUCAGUCAGCCAGUCGAUCGGGUCGGUGAUGUCCAACCUGAAUCUGAAGGAGCGGUUGACUGACGAUUGUUAGUUUUUUUAAUCAUUAAGAGAUAACGUCUAAUGUGGCUAAAUAAAUGGAAUGACUGUACGUUCACAGCGCCAGCGGAAGAAAUGCGGGGAAUCACCGAAUUUAAUAGCUUAUUUUAUGGACGGAAACAAAUAAUAAACGAAGUUUGCUUCCUUACAGCGGUUUUGUGAAGGAAGAUCUUGUGAA